AUGGAUUAUUCUGCUCCCAAUAUUGAAAACAGAGAUGAAGAAGAAUUUGAACAUAUUGAUAAUCUUGACAAUAGCUUUGAUUUUGACCAGGAUCAGUUUAAAAACUUUCUUAAGUCACUCUAUUUAGCCAGAAAGUUAAUGGGUUUAGAAUAUUCUAAUCACACAAUGUCUAAAAUGAGACAACCUUGUAAUCAAUAA